AACGAAGUUGUGAUCCGCUGAGCAGCCUGACUUUCCUUUCCAGCGCCACCACCUCUUCCCCCCCCCCCCAGCGCCAGGCGUUUAACUCCAGGUUUUGUUUGCAAGGGAGAGUCCCCGGCAGAGCGCAGGAGCCGAGCCCCGGGGUGGGUGGGUGCGUGCAGGCUGCACACGUGUGUUCCCGAGCCAUGCACUUGUUUGAUUUUAUUUUCUCUUCAAUAAUUUUAAGCUACGCCCAUUCCCUCUCCUCCUCCAUCAUUUUUCUGCUGGGUGUCUGUGCUUGACAGAUUCCCACCCACCCACCUCUGCGCACACGCUCCGCUCCGACAAGACACCCAGUUGGGUGCCAAGGGGAAGAAGGGAAUUCACCAAAAAAGCAGAGAAGAGAGAGAGAGACGGAAAAACACACAGACACGGCAUCUGCCUCCCAAGACACCAGCUGCUGGGCAAGGAGGAGGAGGAUGCAAGGAGAGGGACGCUGAAGAUGGAUGAGCGGAGAAUCCAGAGGCAGAGUAUGGACUCCGAAUGGGGUUUUCGGCUGAGAGGGGCGCUCGGCUCUUAAAGAGACGUCUGUUUAGUUUGGACUCUGCCACCCAUCCGUCUUCUCCUCCAGGCAGGACGUGGGCUCGCCCAAGAGCAAACAGAAGCCAGAGCAACCUGGUGACUGGCAGGGAAUGCUAGCAGCGUCGUGGGGCUUCCAGGAUCUGCCCACGCCGUCACUCUCCCAGGGUAGGAGACCACCAUUUCCCACAGCCCUGCUUUAAUUUCAACAAGGCCCAAACCAAAGAAGCCGAGAGGCUCUUCCCCACAUCCCCUCCUGUCAGCACUGAGAUGGUGAGGGGGGAGAGCUGGCCUUCUCCAGAACAAGGCCAGGGAACGGGCUGCCUGGAUUGAUGGGGGAGCUGAAAGCAACAGUUGGGAGCCUUCAGGGUUGACAGAUCAGUGCCUCUUCUGCUGACUGUCCUCCCCACCCCUCACCCCUUUUUUUUUCUUGUUGGCAACUCCGGAUACAAACAAAAUCUUCCUCCCUUCCCGUUAACAGCUGGAUGAGAAUCAAAGACCUGCAGGGUGCAUGGAAUGGCCGGCCAAUGCUGUUUAUGCCUUUGCCCCCACAUGGAGGGGGGAGCAGGUGCGAUUUGGGGACCUGAGACCCUAGUGCACUGAGGAAUAUCAUCCUGGCAUUCAAUUUGCAAAUGGUUGCUGGGGACGAACGGUCCCGAGAAGACCAAAGGGGGAAAAAUUGGGGAGGGAAAGGGGGAGAGAGACCCCAGAUUCUGGCUUCUCUACUAAGGAGGCAGUGAGACAUUUGUCUUUUUUUGGAUUCUGUUUUGAUUGCAGCCCCCGAGAGCACGGGGACUGGGGAGCGACUGGAGGAAGCUGGGUAGUUGGAGUUGCUAGUUGCAGCUCAUGAUUCUGUUUGUUUGGAGCCCAGCCAAUUGGUUUUUAAAUUGAAUUUUAUUUUUGGUGACAUUUGAAAGGGGUGUGAGUGGGAAGGGUCGAGGUGUUACAGAGCAGCCAGUUGAAGGCUUCAGUGCAGGGGGAGGCAGCUGGCACGCUUCCCCAUUUGGAGCCUGGGUUUCUGACUGGAACGUCUGGGUUGGGGAGGACGUGGGUCUGAGGGGGAGAACUGAGAUGCCAUUGCUGAUGCCUCCUUGCCCUUGCCUGUUGCUUGCCCUGAGGUAAAUGGGAGCUGGAGCUCCUUUGGCGUAACCGUCGGCUGCAGACGGUGCCAGUUCUCCAAGGGUUGGCUGGGAAAAGAGGGCAGGCAGAAUGCCCGGGAACAGGGCCUUCUCUGAGCCGGAGUACUCGGCCGAGUACUCGGCUGACUACUCGGUCAGUCUACCCUCCGACCCUGAACGUGGGGUGGGCCGGACCCAUGAGGUGACAGUGAGGAACUCAGGCUCAUGCCUCUGCCUGCCGCGCUUCAUGCGGCUCACCUUCGCUCCCGAGUCCCUGGAGAACCUCUACCAGACUUACUUCCGCCGGCAGCGCCAUGAGACCCUCUUGGUGCUGGUGGUCUUCGCUGCCCUCUUCGACUGCUAUGUCAUCGUCAUGUGCGCUGUGGUCUACACCACCGACAAGCUGGCCACCAUCCUGGUGGCCUCAGUGGGCCUGGCCGCCCAUAUCUUGCUCUUCAUCCUAUGCAAGUACGGGCUCCUGCCGGACCGCAUCUCCCGCAAGUUCAUGCCCUAUGUCCUCUGGAUUCUCAUCGCUGCCCAGAUAUUCUGCUACCUGGGCCUCAACUUUUCCCACUUCCACGAGGCCAGUGACACAGUGGGCUGGCAGGCCUUCUUCGUCUUCUCCUUCUUCAUCACCUUGCCCCUGCGCCUCAUGCCCAUCGUGCUCAUCACGGCCGUCUCCUGCGGCAUCCACACCCUGGUGCUGGGGGUCACCAUUGCCCAGCAGCAGCAGGGCGCCAUCAACGGAGAGGCCUUGCUACGGCAGAUUCUGUCCAAUGUCGCCAUCUACCUGUGCACCAUCACUGUGGGCAUCAUGUCCUACUACAUGGCAGACCGCAAGCACCGCAAGGCCUUCCUGGAAGCACGGCAGUCUCUCGAGGUCAAACUCAACCUGGAGGAACAAAGCCAGCAGCAGGAACGGCUGAUGCUUUCCAUCCUGCCCAAACACGUGGCAGAUGAGAUGCUAAAGGAUAUGAAGAAGGACCCGAGCCAGAAAGAGAUGCAGCAGUUUAACACCAUGUACAUGUACCGCCAUGAGAAUGUCAGCAUCCUCUUUGCUGACAUAGUUGGCUUCACCCAGCUGUCAUCCUCCUGCAGCGCCCAUGAGCUGGUGAAGCUGCUGAAUGAGCUCUUUGCCCGCUUCGACAAACUGGCAGCGAAACACCACCAGCUGCGCAUCAAGAUCCUCGGAGACUGCUAUUACUGUAUCUGUGGGCUGCCGGACUACCGCGAGGACCACGCCGCCUGCUCCAUCAUGAUGGGACUGGCCAUGGUGGAAGCCAUAUCCUACGUGCGAGAGAAGACCAAAACGGACGUGGACAUGCGGGUGGGGGUCCACAGCGGCACAGUGCUGGGUGGCGUGCUGGGCCAGAAGCGCUGGCAGUAUGAUGUGUGGUCCACAGAUGUCACGGUGGCUAACAAGAUGGAGGCCGGUGGCAUCCCUGGGCGUGUGCAUAUCUCCCAGAGCACCAUGGACUGCUUGAAAGGGGAGUUUGAGGUGGAGCCCGGUGAGGGGGGGUCAAGGUGCGAGUACCUGAAGGAGAAGGGGAUCGUCACAUACCUCAUUGUGGUGCCCAAGCAGCCCCUCAAGAACGGGAUCAACGGAGUGAAGCUGUCCCUGACGUCCUCCCAUGGGAACUCCCCGCUGCUGAUCAACACCAAGGAGUGUAACGGCAGCAUCAACACCACCUGCACCACGCCCGACGAGGCCGAGGAGCUGGACACCAGGGUGGUGAACCCCUCCUUCCCCAACCCCCGGCGGCGACUGCGCCUGCGAGACCUGGCCGAGAGAGUCGUCGACGCCUCGCAGAACGAGCAGGACCUCAACAACCUGCUCAACGAAGCCCUGCUGGAGAGGGAGUCUGUGCAGGCGCUGAAGGGGAAGUACACCUACCGCCUCUCCAUGCGUUUCAUCAACCCGGAGAUGGAGACGCGCUACUCUGUGGAGAAGGAGAAGCAGAGCGGGGCCGCCUUCAGCUGCUCCUGCAUGGUGCUCUUCUUCACCGCCCUGGUAGAGAUCUUAAUCGAUCCCUGGCUGGUGGCCAAUUAUGUGACGUUUGUAACUGGAGAGAUCCUGCUGCUCAUCCUGACUCUCUGCUCUCUGGCCGCCAUUUUCCCCAGGGUUUUUCCCAAAAAACUCGUAGCCUUUUCCACUUGGAUCGACAGGACCCGGUGGGCCCGGAACACAUGGGCCAUGUCAGCCAUCUUUAUCCUCACCAUGGCUGACAUUGUGGAUAUGCUCAGCUGCCUGCAGUUCUACUCCAGUACCAGCAACAGCACCGCGGGGACCCUGCUGGCGGGGGGCUGCGUGGAGGACCCCAAGUAUUACAGCUUCAUUGCCGUGCUGGCCCUCAUCGCCAGCAUCAUGCUGGUGCAGGUCAGCCACAUGGUCAAGCUCACCCUGAUGGUCAUGAUCACCGGGGCCGUGGGUGUGGUCAACAUCUAUGCCUGGCAGCAGAUCUUCGACGAGUACGAUAAGGAACGCUUCCAGGAGAACGUGUCCGCCCUGGUUCCCUCCAAGUACUCCAUGACAGUGAUGGUCUUCAUCAUGAUGCUCAGCUUCUACUACUUCUCUCGCCAUGUGGAGAAGCUGGCCAGGACAUUGUUCCUGUGGAAGAUCGAUGUCCAUGACCAGAAGGAGCGGGUGUACGAGAUGAGGCGCUGGAAUGAGGCUCUGGUCACCAAUAUGUUGCCAGAGCAUGUGGCCCGACAUUUCCUGGGCUCUAAGAAACGGGACGAGGAGCUGUACAGCCAUUCGUACGACGAAAUUGGCGUCAUGUUUGCCUCCCUCCCAAACUUUGCUGACUUCUACACGGAGGAGAGUAUCAACAACGGCGGGAUCGAGUGCCUGCGCUUCCUCAACGAGAUCAUCUCGGACUUCGACGCGCUCCUGGAUGAUCCCCAGUUCCGGUGCAUCACCAAGAUUAAAACUAUUGGAAGCACCUACAUGGCUGCUUCUGGAGUGACCCCUGAUGUCAAUACCAAUGGCUACAACACCACCAUAAAGAAAGAGGAGCUCUCGGAGAAGGAGCGUUGGCAACACUUAGCUGAUUUGGCCGACUUUGCCUUAGCCAUGAAAGUGACCCUGAUGAACAUUAACUACCAGUCCUUCAACAACUUCAUGCUCCGAAUAGGCAUGAAUAAAGGGGCGGUGCUGGCAGGAGUGAUCGGUGCCCGCAAACCACACUAUGACAUUUGGGGGAACACGGUGAACGUGGCCAGCAGGAUGGAGUCAACAGGCGUGAUGGGGAACAUCCAGGUGGUGGAGGAGACCCAUCUCGUCCUGAAGGAGUACGGGUUCCGCUUUAUGCGCCGGGGGACCAUCUACGUCAAAGGCAAAGGGGAGUUGCUGACCUUCUUCCUGAAGGGCCGGGAGAAGCAGGGCUCUUUCGUCAAUGGCUCCUCAGUGACUCUUCCACACCAGGUGGUCGACAGCUCAUGAUGGAGCUGGGCUCCAUACUCCCACUAGUGAAUGAAGUCCAGUGCCUCCCACUGGCGAGAGACAAGCAGCUUUGAGUGCCCAGCGCUCUAGAAACGAGACUGAUAGUAACAUCUUUCAACCUAAUGUCUAGAUUUAAGAGAAACCAACCCCUGGCCUGCUCCUUUUUUCCUGGAGGUUUAUCUUAGAGGGGUCUGCUUGACUUCAGCUCCCCAUCUGCAGCUUAGCAGAAGGGAGACGGGAGGGACUGAUCCGAUCCCCCUACAGCUCACACACACACACCAUUGUGCUGGUGUGGGUCUGACUGUUCGGAAGCCUCACGCAGCAUUUCAGGAGCACUCCCAAUUGCAGUAGGCUCCUGUGUACCCUGUUAGUGUAAUCGAGAGAGGCAGGUGGCUUGGAUUUAAUUUAGUGCCACAGACCCAGCCUCCACUUAGUGUUUGUUGCUAAGAGAUAAAAACUCAGGGUGGGUGGUCAGAGGAAAAAUCUCUGGUGUGCGCCAGGAGAGCUAAAACAGGAGCACUUGGGCUUUCUGUUAGUUCACAGGAUGCUCAUCCUUGCCCUAUGCCACCGUAGCUAGGAGAUCAGAGAGAGUGCAAUAUUUCCUUUGACUUGGAGGUGAAGAAAUAAAAACCAAUGUUGUGUAUUUCAAAUAUAUAAAUAUAUAUAUAAAAAGAUACAGAUUGACAUUUAUAUUUUUAAUUGUGUCUGUUAGACUAUUUGCGGAUUUCUCUUUCCGAUACUGCCUUGCACUCCGCUCGCUGCUGUUGUCACCUUUGCUGUCGCUUUAAGGACGAGAUGGACAGGUAUUGGCAAAGAACAAGACUGUUUUAUUAAAGCCUUCAUCCAAUAUUCUGUUUGAAAACAAAAGCAGUGUAAUUAUUUCUCUAGAUUCUUGAAUAGAACAAGUUGAAUUUAAAAGA